AUGCCUCAGAUCCGCCAGCCCGGCGCGGUUGGCUUCACCAUCUUGGUCUCCGAGGGCAGCUCAAAGCAGAGGAUACACUGCUUUACAGCAAGCAGGGAGGUCAAGCUUCCAGAAUGGCACGACAAGCUGAUGAAGGCGCUGGCGGCUGAUGGCACCCGUGUGCUGAUGGGUCGAAUGUCACCUGCGCUGGCGCCCCCUCCACCAGACAGCGAGGACGUCAAGGCACGGAAAGAGGCGGCCAAAGAGGAGGAUGACUGGCUGGAUUCAUUGAUGGGACGCUGCAUGGUUUCUGACAAGGAAGCCCGUCCUUCGAAAGCGGCUGCUGCAGGCUCUGCGGCAGGUGCAGCGGCUGGCUACAGCAAUGAAGAGGCUCCCGCCGCAAAAGCUGUGCAAGUUCCUCCCUGGUUGCGUCGACGGUGA